AUGAACAAGAAAUAUAUUACGCAUAUAUUGAUUUUAUUGAUAAUUAUAGAAAAUGCUUUUACACAAUCUAUUAUUAGUAAAACUUAUAAUGUUGAAAAUACAAUUGAUUAUUGGACAGAAGAACGUAUGGCAAAUGCAAAGCCUUUACUUUCAUCUAACAAAUUGAAUAAGACUGUAAGCAAUGACAGAAAAGAUUCUUUUGCAAAUGUACCUGAUCUUAAUAAUUCAGAAAUUCUAACUGACAAGCCACUUGCAGUAGGAAAAUUAUUUUUUACUUCACAUGGUGAGAGUUAUACAUGUACUGCUAGUGUAAUUGAUACUAGUGACGGAAAUAUAGGAAUUACUGCAGCGCAUUGCCUUUAUGCUGAGGGUGAAUUUUCUGAAGAUGUAAUUUUCUAUCCUGGAUAUGACAACGGUAAACCAAGUAGAUUGGGAAAAAUUGUUGUUUUGAAGAUUAGUGUGCCAAACAAUUAUAUAAAUUUUGAAGACGAUGAUUAUGGCGCGAUACUAUUUAAAUAUCAAGGCAAGUUAAAAGAUCAUACAGGAUCUUUUGGUUGGGGUUUAAAUCCACCAGAUCAAGUGAAAAUUGUUGCAUGGGGAUAUCCAGCAAUUGGUGAUAUGAACUGUGGUGAAGGUACUACUGAUGGUAAAACCUGCUGCAUUUGGAGAGGUGAUGCAACUCUAGAACAUCCACCUGCAAGGAGAGUUCCUGCAUAUUUUGGAAAAGGUUCAAGUGGAGGCCCUUGGAUAAUGAAAGAAACUCUGCCACAUUAUUUAGGAUAUUUAAUUGGCGUAACAGCAUAUCAUAUCGAUGAACAUUCUGAGUAUUCGGAUGUAUUAAAUUUUGCACUCGUUAGACAAUUAAUAAAAUUUGAAUAG